AUGAUAAGUUAUUUUAAUGAUUAUGCAAAUCUGUGUUUCGAGAAGUUUGGUGAUCGUGUGAAAUACUGGAUUACUUUUAAUAACCCUUGGGCGGUUGCUGAAGAGGGCUAUGAGACAGGAGAGCAUGCACCAGGACUGAAGCUCAGUGGAAUAGGGGCAUACAAAGCAGCACAUCAUAUAAUUAAAACUCAUGCAAAGGUCUGGCAUUCUUAUAAUAAGACAUGGCGUAGCAAGCAACAAGGUAUGGUUGGAAUUUCUCUAACUAGUGCCUGGGGUGAACCUGUUGAUCUAACUAGCCAGAAGGACAUUGAAGCUGCUGAAAGAUACGUACAGUUUUACUUGGGAUGGUUUGCAAAUCCUAUUUACAGUGGAGACUAUCCUGAAGUUAUGAAGAAUUAUGUAGGUAAAAAGAGUGCUCAACAAGGCCUGGGCACAUCAAGAUUACCAACCUUCUCAGUGCAAGAGAAAAGCUACAUUAAGGGUACAUCUGAUUUCCUGGGAUUAAGUCAUUUUACCACUCGUUACAUUAUACAGAAAAAUUAUUCCGCCCUCAAAGGGCCCAGUUACCACACUGAUCGUGAUUUGGUAGAACUGGUUGAUCCAAAGUGGCCAAAUCCAGGAUCUAAAUGGCUAUAUUCUGUGCCCUGGGGAUUUCGAAGGUUACUCAACUUCAUUAAGACACAGUAUGGGAAUCCUCUCAUUUACAUAACAGAGAAUGGAGUUUCAGAAAAGCUGCAGUGUAUUCAGUUGUGUGAUGAAUGGAGAAUUGAAUAUCUGAAAGGGUAUAUUAAUGAGAUGCUAAAAGAUCCCUUGACUACUCACAUGGAAAUGGUGACUGAGAUUGUUGUACCAACGGUGUUCACACUCUGCAUACUUAUCAGUGCCAUUCUAUUAAUGUUCCUCCUUCGAAAGCACAACUAA